AUGGACCACACUGAGGCCCCCGACCCUGAGACCUGGUCCACCCCCUGGCUCACUCCCUGGUCUGAUCCCUGGUCCGGCUCGGGCUCUGGACCCACAGAGGACUAUGAGCUGCUGUUCUGUGACCGAUCGCCUGUGCGCUCGUUCCGCACUGCGCUGGAGCCCGCCCUCUUCUGGACCGUGGCGGCCGUUGGACUGAUGGGAAACCUGCUCGUUCUAUGGGUUUACCUGUGCAGGGGGCGUGGCCUGUGCAAGGGGCGGGGCCUCACUCACCUGUACCUGUUACACCUGUGUGCGGCGGACCUGCUCUUCCUGCUCACGCUACCUCUGUGGGCUCAAAGCGGUACUGCAGGCUGGAUCUACGGGGAGGCGCUGUGCAAGGCCACGACCGCCGUCUACAAGGUGAACCUCUUUUCGGUCAGCCUCUUUCUUGCCUGUAUCUCAGUUGACCGUUACGUUGUCAUCGUUCACCCCACGGUGGCGCUGAACUCUCAGAUGCGGCGGCAGCGCUGGGCUCGAAUUGUUAGUGUUAGCAUGUGGCUGUUAGCUGUCAUAUUAGCCGCUCCAGAGCUAGCCUUCACCACAGUAAUCGAACAAGAUGGUCUGAUGACCUGCCGCACGCUGUUCCCCGCCUACUGGGGCCGCAUCGUCAAGGCAACCGUCCUGAGUCUCCAGGUCGCUGUGGGCUUCUUCCUCCCAUUGGUUGUCAUGGCCGUUUGCUACGCUGUGAUUGGCCGCCGGUUGUUGCUGACUCGCACGUUCCACAAGCACCGCCCCCUUGUGGUUGUCAUGGCGAUUGUCUUGGUCUUCAUUGUCACUCAGCUCCCCCACAGCUGUGUCCUCAUCGCAGAGAUCUGGGAUGCCCACUCUGCUGCCCUCACCGACUGUGAAACUCGUAAAGUUUUGGAUAAAGCUGGAUUAGUUCUUCGAGCGCUGGCGUAUUCUCAUCCCGCCCUCAAUCCUUUCCUCUACGCUCUGAUUGGACGCCGCUUCAGACAGGAAGUGUCAAUGCUGCUGCAGCGCUCUGGCUUCCGAAAGAAGGUCUUCCUGUCUAAGCCCCGCCCCCGGACUCUGUCUGACUGCGACACGUCACAGGGACUGUCCCUUUGA